AUGGGAAGAACGUAAAAAGUUAACCACUGUCGUGGAGAAAGGCGACGACAGUGUUAAUAGACAAAAACAAUGCACAUUUCUUACCCUCAUUUACAAUCAUAAAAUUUCAAUGCCAUCGACUCCCAAUCUGAGUCUUACUCUCUCAGCUUUACUUAGAGAAGCUCGGUUGAAAGAGGCACUACACAUUUUACUCACCACUCCAAACCCCGCUGUAAACUCUUCUAUAUAUCUUCAACUAUUGCAGAAUUGCAUUUCCAAGAAAGCUCUUUCAGAGGGUAAACAAAUCCACUCAUACAUCGCUCAUGGCGGAUUUGUUUUUGCUACAGACACAUUAUUUCAAAAUAACGUUAUAAAUAUGUAUGUCAAGUGUGGAAGUUUAGCGGAUGCACGCGAAUUGUUUGACCAAAUGACUAAACGAGAUGUCUUCUCAUGGAAUAUCAUAAUCGCAGCUUACAGAAGAAAUGGAUGUACUCAUGAGGCAUUGACUGUCUUUCACCAAAUGCAACAAACAGGCACCCAACCCGAUCAGUUCACCUUUGCUAGCAUUCUUCCAGCCUGUGCGAAAAUAAAAGAUAUGGAAAAAGGAAUGGAAAUCCAUCAAAAUAUAAUUGAAAUGGGGAUUUUGUCCGAUGUUGUCGCAAAUGCCUUGUUGGACAUGUAUGUGAAAUGUGGAAACAUAGACAAAGCACGUAAACUGUUUGACAAUAUACCUCAAAAAAAUGUUGUGUUAUGGACUGCAAUGAUUGCAGGAUAUGCACAAAUUGGAUUUUAUGACGAGGCUUUAAAGCUUUUCAAAGAAAUGCCUCACAGAGAUGUGAUUUCAUGGAAUGUAAUGAUUGCAGGGUAUGCACAAAAUGGGUUGGUUGAAAAGGCUUUAGAAACUUUUAAGCAAAUGCAAUUGGCAGGUGUAAAGCCCAUCCCCACAACCUUUGCCAGCAUCCUCCCAGGCUGUGCGAAAACGGGAACUUUGCAACAGGGAAUGACCAUCCAUCAGAGUAUAAUCGAGUGCGGAUACUUGUCAGAUGUUGUGAUUGCUAGUGCCCUGGUAGACAUGUAUGCAAAAUGUAGAAGAGUACACACGGCAUAUAAACUGUUUAAGAAAAUGCCACAGAGAAAUGUGGUUUCAUGGAAUGUGAUUAUUGCAGGAUAUGCACAAAAUGGGUUUUUCAAAAGGGCCUUGGAAACUUUUAAGCAAAUGAAGUUGGAAGGUAUUAAGCCAGACUCCACAACGUUUGCCAGCAUCCUCUCAGCUUGUGCGAAAAUGGGAUAUGUGGAACAGGGUAUGGACAUUCAUCAAAGUGCAAUUGAAAAUGGAUUUUUGUCAGAUGUUAUAGUUACCAGUGCCCUGGUAGACAUGUAUGCAAAGUGUGGAAGUGUACAUAUGGCAUAUGAACUGUUUGAGAAACUUCCUCAAAGAAAUGUGAUCUCAUGGAAUGCAAUGAUUUCAGGAUAUGCCCAAAAUGGGUUUGCUGAAAAGGCUUUGGAAACUUUUAAGCAAAUGCAAUUCGAAGGUGUAAAUCCAGACUCCACAACUCUUGCUAGUAUCCUCCCAGCCUGUGCCAAAAUGGGAGCUUUGAAGCAGGGCAAGAUCAUCCAUCAAAUCAUUAUUGAAAUUGGAUUUUUGUCAGAUGUUGUAAUCGUUAGUGCCCUGAUAGACAUGUAUGCAAAAUGUGGAAGCAUAGACAUGGCACGCGAAAUGUUUGAAAAAAUGCCGCAAAGAAACGUGAUCUCAUGGAAUGUUAUGAUCGCAGGCUAUGCACAAAAUGGCUUUUGCAAGGAUGCUCUCAAACUUUUUGAACUAAUGAAGCACUCUGGAACAUACCCUGACCAUGUAAGCUUCACGUGUGUUUUAUUAGCAUGCAGCCAUGUAGGCUUAGUGGAAGAGGGUUGUAAAUACUUCAAUGCCAUGGGUGACUCUUACUGUAUAACUCCUACAAUUAAUCAUUAUAUGUGUGUAGUUGACCUCCUUGGUCGUGCUGGCUAUCUUGAGGAAACGUUAAACUUUAUCAUCAAAAUGCCAGUUAAACCUAUGGUGGUUGUGUGGACAUGCUUGCUUGGUGCCUGUAGAGCGCAUAAGAAUAUAGGUCUAGGAGUAUUUGCUGCAACUCUUCUUUUCGAGCUGGAUCCUAAAAAUGCUGGAAUUUAUGUUCUUCUUUCAAACAUCUAUGCCGAUGCGAAGAGGCGGCACGAGGUUCAAAUGGAGACAGAUCACAUCCACAGACAGAAGAAAUCUAUGCAAAAUUGGAGAAAUUGUCUUGGGAGCUGAAGGUAGCAGGGUAUAUUCCAGAUUCAAAACAUGCACUGAAUGAUGUGGAGGCGGAGGAAAAAGAAUUAUUUCUUAGCCACCAUAGUGAAAAGCUGGCAAUUGCAUUUGGAUUGUUAAACGCUUC